AUGGAAGCUACCAGGACUUCUGUGCCACAAGUUUCCAUUUCAUAUCCACAAGAUUCAUGGGCAGAAUUUGAGAACAUUAUCACUGAGAAGGAAAACGAAGCCAAGAAAGUUGACAGCAAGCUAGUAAUAACAAUGGAAGAUGGUAUGCAAGCUAGCAGGGUGAUGCAUAUCUCAUCCACACACCAGCCGCCACUGACAAAUCAAAUGGCGACAUCCAACAUAGAUUCAGACGGGAAGUUAUACGAGCUGAAAGAUCAACUUGUGCUGCUGGCCACUUUGGUGGCGAUGGUGACCUACCUCUCCGGGCUCAACCAGCCGGGGGGAGACUGGAAGCCGCAGGAGGAGGGUGGGCACGUCACGGGCGACCCGAUCCUCCGGGACACUCACAACCAUCGGUACCUCAUCUUCAACUACUGCAAUGCCACGGCGUUCGUAUCGUCGGUCGUUGUCUGCCUUAUUCUGGUCAUGCUGCGGAGGAACAGCAAGGUCUGGACGGUGCUGCUAUGGGUUGUCAUGUUGCUCGACCUAGUCGCUCUCAUGUGUUCCUACGGCGGCGGGGCCAGCCGCUACGCCUUGACCACUAUCUUUGUCAUGGCACUCGCUUCUCCCAUCUUGGCCUACAUUGUGUAUACUUUUAUAGGCUACCUCAGUCUGACCAGCCACCCGGACAACAUCAUGAACCCAAGAAAUACAAACACGGGUUACCAAGAGAAGGAGAAGAUCGAAGUGCUGAUGCUGCUGGCGACCUUCGCCUUCACGAUCUCGUAUGCCUCCGGGCUGAACCCUCCUGGUGGUUUCUGGAGGAGCACCCAGAAGCAGGAGGACGGCCGCCUUCUUCACCUCGCCGGAGACCCCAUCAUACAUGACAGGGGGCUCCGGAGGUACCAGGCCUUCUUCAUGUGCAACACCACGGCGCUCGUCGCCUCCUUGCUCAUCAUCCUGCUACUCCUCGACAAGAAGCUGAACAGGACCAUCUCGGCGCGGUUCCUGGCGGUCUACGGCUUAAUCGCCGUCGCACUCAUGGGCCUUAUGGGGGCGUAUGCUGCUGGGGCCUCCAGGGACACCCUCGAUACCGCCAAGGUCAUUUCCCUAUCCGCUGCGGUUCCUGCGUGCGUAUUCCUGCAGCUGGCUCUUAAUAACGUCUUCCGUUGGGAAGUAAUCAAGAACAUGCGUGAUACUUUCUGCCUAUGGUCGAGGAAAUCAAGUUCCGCAGGUGACGAGGCACUUGCGGACCCAGCCUUGAAAAAUACUUGCUUUUUCGCUAUGGUACUUGCUAGCUUCGCGGUAUGCAUCACUUACCAAGCAGCACUGGAUCCACCGGGCGGACUUUGGCAAGACAACCUGGAUGGGCAUAAGAUCGGCCAGCCGGUGCUACAGACGACAAAUCCUGCACGUUACUGGCUGUUCUUCUACAGCAACUCAGCAGUUUUCGUGACAUCUCUGUUAGUGGUCAUGAUGGUACAGAGCAAGUUCCUGCUCACGCUCCGCACUUUGGUGGCAUCCAUGGUACUGGACCUGAUCGGCCUCGUCAUCGCCUACGCCGCCGGGAGUGCCAGAGAUGCAAGCACGUCCAUCUAUUUCGUCGCCAUGAUUGGACUCGUCUUGGUCUACGCCGUUGUCCAUAUCGUAUUCUUUAUCGGAGGAGUGAACGAGAAUGUCGUUGCUGAAGCUGAACAAGAGAAGCUGGAGGACAAGCGUCAGGUGCUGCUGCUAAUCGUCAUCUUGGUGGCGGCGCUCACCUAUCAAGCUGGGCUGACCCCGCCGGGCGGCUUCUGGCCAGCGAAUGACGAGAAGCUUGGUCAUCGCGCGGGAUACCCGGUCCUUGUCGAUACCUAUCCGCACCGCUACACGGCCUUUUUGUACUGCAACGCGGCGAGCUUCAUGGUGUCGGUGGCUCUCAUCCUCCUCGUGAACCACAAGCUGUACUGGCCGGCGCUUCGAUGCAAGGCGCUACACGUGUGUAUGGCGGUUGGCAUGCUCGCGCUCAUGGGUGCCUAUGCUUCCGGGAGCUCCCGCGACCUCAAGAACUCCAUCUACAUGCUGAUGUUGGUGGUCGCGGUGUCGGUCUCCCUACCCCUACGGUUAGCCAUCUUCUGGUACAUCCGGCCCCACAGGUACAGUAUCCGCCUCCAGGACGGACCUAGAACAAGACGGCAAAGAGUGCGUGGCCUAGGUGGCAUCGACAAGGAGAAAGACGAGGAGAUUGAGUACCUAAUGUUGCUAGGGAUCCUGGCUGCGAGCGUGACGUACCAGAGCGGCCUGAGACCUCCGGGUGGCAUGUGGCAGGAGGACAGCGGCGCCUACUUCGCGGGCAACCCGAUCCUACACGACGUCGUCAAGCGCCGGUACGACAUCUUCUUGUACAGCAACUCUGCUUCGUUCAUGGCGUCCGUCCUCACCAUCGUCAUGCUGCUCCCGUUGACGCUUACCAACCUAGAGUGGCUACGGCGCUGCUUACCAUUCCACGCGGCAGACCUCAAGUGGCCAAUUUGGCCGGUCUACACGGCCAUUCUGCUGGACAUGCUCGGCCUGCUCGUGGCCUACACGGCAGGAAGUACCAGGGAUUGGGAGUCAACCAGGAAUGUCAUAUGCAUCAUUGUCCCCAUACUACUCUACAUUGCGGCUUACGCCGCGGUACCGAUCUGGAUGGACACCCGUAGGAAACAUCCUAGAUCUCCCCAGUCGUUAAGCAUGGAAUCAGGCCGACAAAUGCUGCCCCUGUUUAGUAGCUAG